AUGGGCAAUGAACAAGGAAAACACCAUUUUCAAAAAGGUUCUUUACGUGAUUUAGUAGGUAAAGAAGACUCUUGUUUGUAUACAGAUGUAUAUGGUUCUGCAGAACUCUCUUCUCCUAUUACACCAAGAACCCCACGAGUAUCUGAAGAUCCUGAAGACAAAGAGAAAACCACCAAAACACAAGAACCUCAAAUCAAAUCGUCGAAGUCACCAAAGCUAUUUUUUAAUAAAAUUACCCCACCAAAAAACACAAAAGCUGAUAAAAAUGAACGAAUCGAAAACAACGUUUUCUUCUCGAAAAAAAGAUUUAAGUCGUCGCUCAAUUUAAAAGAAAAAAGUGAAGAGCCGAAGCGAAUGGCGAUAACGCCACGCGUCGAAGAUGAGAUUCAAAAGUCCCCACGUGUCAAAGUGCAUACUUCACAACAAAAUGAAAAUCGGAUGUCACUACAGUCUUCCGAUGGAGAGAGUACGUUGUCCAAUUUAUCAAAACGUAUUAUCAAGAGAAGGGCAACGCGUGACGUUACUAACCUCUUUGAGCCAAAAGACACUAUAUCCUAUUUUUUAUCUCAAAAGAAAAGAGUUGUACAACUCCUCCAAACAAAAUUUGGUCUUAACAAAUAUUCAGUGUUAUACGACUCUACGCUCGACGAACUUUCUGCGCGCUCUUUCAACUCGAAAAUUUCGUGUCAGCAAAACAUUUUCAUAUUUGCAAUAACAAAGGAGAAUGCCGUCUUUGGGUGCUUUCAACAGAGUCUAAUACCCCCGCCACCCAAGUUCCAGUCACUCCGAACCAAGACAGAGAAUUUCUAUGUCUUUGGGUUUGCUGAUGAAUUUUCGGAACCCAUCAUAAGAAACGAUAUUAAAGAUGAGACUGGGAUCGUGUUAUAUCCAAACAAAGAGAAUGGUUUUGUUUUCUCGUGUAUUGGUGCGUUUUGGAUCAUGCAAGACUGGAAAUUGUAUAUACAGCAAAAUGUGGGGGGAAGUUUUAAUGCAGAUCCAACGUGGAAGAAUCCAUAUUUAAGAAUCAAAAUCCACAAGUUCUUAAAUUUGGAUUCUUUAGUAGUCCUUGUAUGGGAAUGA